AGAUUAUGAUUUAUAUGGAUCGAUGAUCUUAAAAUAAAUGAACCAAAAACAUUUUUAAUUUAUUAUCAAAUAAGAAUAUGACUCCAGGAAAAAGGAGUCUUGAGAUAGAAAAAUAAAAUUCAAUCAUAUUUUUGGAGGAAGCAAAAAAAAGUAAAGUUUAUUAUAAUAUUUACACAAUUCAAGGAAAUAGAGCAAAAGGAUAUUAUCAUAUUUAUCAAAGACGGUUGAAAGCUUAAAAUUUAUAUGGAAUAAUGUUUCCUUUCGUUAGUAUAAUGAUUGUUGCCGAGUUCAUAGUAUUCUUAUAAAGACGGGACAUGUGGUAAAAAUUCAAUUUAAAAGAAUUUAAGAUUAAUUAAUAAAUAAUUUUAUGGUAACUUUUGAUGUUGAUGAUAUUAAUAAAUCCAUUAAAUUUUAUCAUUAAAUUAGUAUGUAGUUAUUUUUGAUCUCUUGUAUACAGUGAUGAAUUAGAUUUUUGAAUGAUAUUUAAUUAUAGAAAUGGAGUUACGGCAGUUUUUUAAAUGGGUAAGAUGGAAAAUAAUUUUAGA